CGCCGCUGCCGCCGCUGCCCGAGGCCGGGGCGCUUGCUAUGUCCGCCGCCUCCGACAAGCCCCAGCCGUCGCUCGGACCAGCCGCCGCCAUGGAGGCCGCCUCGUCCACCAGUUCCUCGACGCCCAGCAGCAGCGGAGGCGGCGGCGGAGGAGGCGGCGGCGGAGGGGGAGGAGGCGGCGGCGGCCCCAAGACCAAGAAGAGCAACGCGGGCAUCCGCCGCCCGGAGAAGCCGCCCUACUCCUACAUCGCGCUGAUCGUGAUGGCCAUCCAGAGCUCGCCGUCCAAGCGGCUGACCCUGAGCGAGAUCUACCAGUUCCUGCAGGCGCGCUUCCCCUUCUUCCGCGGCUCCUACCAGGGCUGGAAGAACUCCGUGCGCCACAACCUCUCGCUCAACGAGUGUUUCAUCAAGCUGCCCAAAGGGCUGGGCCGGCCGGGCAAGGGCCACUACUGGACCAUCGACCCGGCCAGCGAGUUCAUGUUCGAGGAGGGCUCCUUCCGACGGCGACCCCGCGGCUUCAGACGGAAGUGCCAGGCCUUGAAGCCCAUGUACAGCAUGAUGAACUUGAAUUUCAACCACCUCCCCGACAGCUACGGCUUCCAGGGACCCGCCUGCCCGCCCAGCAGCCUGCCCUUGGACGGGGGCGCCCUGGGCAUGGUCAACGUGGACGGCAUGGGGCUCGCCGGCCACUCCGUGCCCCACUUGCCUUCCAACGGCGGCCACCACGCCUACAUGGGCAGCUGCGGCGGCGGCGGCGGCGGAGCCGGGGCCGGCUCGGCCGGAGGGGACUACGGCCACCACGACGGCUCGGUGCCCGCUUCUCCGCUGCUGCCUGGCGGAGGGGUGAUGGAGCCCCACUCGGUUUACUCCGGCACGGGCCCCUCGGCUUGGGCUCCCUCGCCCGCCCCCGGCUUGAACGGCGGCGCCUCCUACAUCAAACAGCAGCCCCUCUCGCCUUGCAACCCGGCGGGCAACCCGCUCUCGUCCGGCCUCUCCACGCACUCGUUGGAACAGCCCUACCUGCACCAGAACAGCCACAACCCCGCCGAACUGCAAGGAAUCCGGUACCAUUCCCAGUCUCCGAGCAUGUGCGAUCGGAAAGAAUUCGUCUUCUCCAUCAACGCCAUGGCGUCCUCUUCCAUGCAUUCAGGAGGCAGCGGCUCCUACUACCACCAGCAAGUCACAUAUCAAGACAUCAAACCUUGCGUGAUGUGACAAUGAGGCUGGAGACUCCGGCUUCCUUGGGGAGGAGAGAGAAUCCCGAGGGAUCCGUGUGAAAAUGACAGGACUUCCUGCUGCAAAUCCUCGUCGGGAGCCAUUAAAGGCCUCCCCAGAAGUUAGUCUGUUAGUUGUUCGUGAGGUAUAUAUAAAUAUUCAAGUCGUCCAUGGAAGGAACGCUCUCUGUCUUUCGGCAAAGGCGAUGCGUUUUGUGCGCCUUUUGGGGGGUGCACCCCAAAUGCCCAGCAUCACUUCUUUCAUCUUGGGAAGACCCCCUCCAACCUCCCCCUCAGCUCUGAGACCUACACCCCUUUCCGAGAACCACUUUUGAAUUCCUUCUUCCAGGGUCUAAAUCCAGUCUCUUUCCAAAGAUAUAUCCUGCCCCUUCCCUGCUCCAGCAUGUAAUGUUCCAUUUUAAUGAGCUUGGAUGAGAAAUGGAUUUUAGAGGUGGAGGGACAGAGACCAACCCUAUGAGAAAGGAACAGCUUAAGGGACAUCAGCAACUGAUGAGACUUUUUUUGGGGGGUGGAAUUCUUCAUUUGGCAAAGGUUGGCCUGUCAUUCCAGCUUUUCGGGCUUGGCACGAAGGAGAAAAUAUGUUCCACUCACUGUCUUUGACCCCUCGUUCAGAGCAACGGAGAAACAAACCCCCAAAACCUCAUUUUUCCAACGUCUUCUCUAUCUGAAGGGGUUGGUGAGGCUUUUGAAACACGAGCCAGCCUCGAGCCUCGACAGGCAAGCCCGCAGACAGACCACACAACCUAACAAAGGAGGAAUUUGGGACCACCUUGUUGUACAACGGCCUGAUGUUCUAAAACUCACUUUCCUUCUGGCUAUACAAAAAAAAGCCUCUUUUAAAUAUUAAAGUACAAAAUUACAAAAGCACUUUGAGAAAUAAAGGUUGAAAAUGGGAAUAAAAAGACUAA